ACGUCCGGUCUGAGGUUUCCGGAACCUGGCGCUAAAAAAUAAAUUCAACAGGAAAACAGAAGUCGUGAGAAGGAUAAACUACUUUUAAUUAAUUUACUCCUUAUAUAUAUUACAUCUAACGGUGUCAGGUUUCUCACUCUUUAUAACCCGUAUUGUCAACUAAGAAGUGAUCCACUUUUCAAGCAAAGGUUGUUUGUAGACAUGAAUCCAGAAGACGUGGUUAUCAUUCUCAGUGAUGAUGAUGAUGAUGUGUCCAUCAACGACUCGGUCUACAUCGUCGAAGACAUCCAGAACAACGUAUACCCAGUAGAUCCGUCUAACUGCAGCAGGUCACAUGAUCCUGAAGGAGAAGAGGACCUGGUCGUUACCUUCUGUCAGAGAGGAGAGGUGCUGCCUCACGCACGCUAUGACUGUACCGCACACACCUUCACACCAACAGACAGUGAUGUAGGAGGACCAAUAGAAUCCAACCAGCUCUUCUGUCACCAGUGCUUCUGUUACGUCUGUGACAAGGUCGCCUCGGAGUGUUCUGUGUGGACUGUGUCAGGAGUGUGCCACUGCAACGCCCAUAAGAGGAGUGUGUUCUGGAGCAACAAGAGAGACAAGGUGGUUCUGGGAUACCUUCAGAUGUUUAACUUCAACCUGCUGGAGAUCGACAGCGACCUCCGACUGGCAGAGUCCUUACUGCUGCAGUUGGAGGAGGAGUUGUCCAAGGAGUACGCCUCCUUCCAGAGGGGCGUGGCUGUGAGGGGGAUUGGCUGUCCAAUGUGCCUGUCACUGCCACACAGCCAAUCGUUUGGAAUGCGGGAACUGCCAAUCAAAUCACCUGCUGCUACUGGUCUACGAUUAUUCGCAGGUGUUUGAGUGUGUGUGCCGCUUCCUUGGACGUGCGGAGAGAGAGAGACCGAGAGCAGCAGCUGUUAUGAGACUUGGAGCAGCUCAACUCUUCAUUACACACUGUCAACCUCCUGGACCAGUGAUUUCCCAUCAUCUUGAGGCCAGGAUAGCGGAGGCCCUGCCCUUGCUUCUAACCAGGGUAAUGGAGGCGGUGCGGAGACAGAUGGUGGAGUGUGACUUCAGUCCAGAGUUUCUCCAGAAACUUCAAGGUUUCUACCAGACCCUCCCCCUACCUCCCAGCUGCAUCGCUCUGAGAAACAGGCUGUGUGUUCUCCCCUGGUCAGAUGUCCUGCUGGUCUCAGUGUUAAAGGGACAGAACGUGACGGGGAUCCGACCAGGAAAAGGGAAGAAGGAGGCGCUGACUGAAUCUGCCGCUGUUGUCCUGUUGAGAGCUGAAACAUUACAGAGACUCAACAGGUACAGGGAGUUGACCCGUUACCUGAAGGUGGUUCAUAGUGGGAACACAGAACUUGUCCAGGCGGUGCGGGAUCUGAUCCCUCUCUUCCUGAUGAAGGCCGGGGACUUUAGCUCCGCCCUCUCCUCCUUCUUCUAUCCGCCCCCUGGGGUUUGCUGCCCCGUCUGCCGCCUAACGCCACGCCUCUUCACCCUCUACCUACGCAUCAUCACCACGGCAACCGCGCCCAGCGCCACCGCUGCCAUGGCAACGCAGCCCCUCUCCCCCGACACUCCCUGGGAGGAGGUCAAAGAUGCUGUGGUUCCCAGGCAGGUCGAGGUGGUGAAGUUUGGCCUGAGGGUUCUGAAGAGCAACAUGGCUGUCUACAAGGACUCUCAGAGUUGGGCAUACUUUCUCCACGUGCUCAAUUCUCCUGCUGGUCCUCCUGACACUGCCUUUCUGAUGGAGGCGAGAAACGUUACCAUGGAGAUCCUGCUGAACCAGGGAUCUCUGGGACACCUCAUCCAGAUCCCACGGACCUUCCUGAUGGUGUAUCCAGACCAGGCCCUGUUGCUGUUGGUAACUCAGGGUCUGGCGCUACGGAUCCUCCACGAACCUUUGACCCCCGCUCUACCCGUCCUCAACUAUUACAAGGGUCAUGUGUGGGCCUUGAGGUGGCUUGUUGGGUUCCUGUCUCCUGGAAGACUGGAGUCCUUCCUCAGAGGGGUAGCAGUGGAGCUGCACAGCACUGAUGGAUCCCAGCUGUCGUCCUCCUUCCCUUCUCCUCCCUCAAAGACCAGCCUGACCCCUUCUGGCACUACCUCACAGACUUAAUCAGAGAGACUCUAUCUGUAAUCCCGGACUGCAGCAGACUGGACCUGGAUCAGACUGGAGUGUGACUCAGGUGUGUGUGUGUGUGUGUGUGUGUGUGUGUGUGUGUGUGUGUGUGUGUGUGUGUGUGUGUGUGUGUGUGUGUGUGUGUGUGUGUGUGUGUGUGCGCGCGCGCGCGCGUGAGAACAUCUCUGAACACGUGGAAGCAACGAAGAAGAGGACAAUGAUAAUAAUGUGUUUAUCUGACUGUUAAUAAGACCUGUUGUGCCUUUUUUUUCUACAAAUAAACAUAUCAUUUUAUUUAUCCGUAUUACCGGAGGAUGUAAAAGGUGUGAGAGUAAAUAGUGUGUUUUGGCUCUUCAUUAUUUAUCCGUAUCACCGGAGGAUGUAAAAGGUGUGAGAGUAAAUAGUGUGUUUUGGCUCUACAUUAUUUAUCCGUAUCACCGGAGGGUGUAAAAGGUGUGAGAGUAAAUAGUGUGUUUUGGCUCUACAUUAUUUAUCCGUAUCACCGGAGGGUGUAAAAGGUGUGAGAGUAAAUAGUGUGUUUUGGCUCUGCAUUAUUUAUCCGUAUCACCGGAGGGUGUAAAAGGUGUGAGAGUAAAUAGUGUGUUUUGGCUCUACAUUAUUUAUCCGUAUCACCGGAGGGUGUAAAAGGUGUGAGAGUAAAUAGUGUGUUUUGGCUCUACAUUAUUUAUCCGUAUCACCGGAGGGUGUAAAAGGUGUGAGAGUAAAUAGUGUGUUUUGGCUCUACAGUAUUUAUCCGUAUCACCGGAGGAUGUAAAAGGUGUGAGAGUAAAUAGUGUGUUUUGGUUAUUGUUUUGGUGUUUUCAUUAUUUCCUUUAAUAAUAAACAGGAAAUGAA